GGUUCCAAAUCACAAUGAAGACUUACGAAGAUGAUCUUGAGUCUACGAAGGAGAACAUGUGGUCGAAGCUCAAUGAAUUGGCGGAUGUUGCGACUAUGGUGUAUGAAGAAGAACAACGCAAGAAAAAAGGAAAAUCUAAGAUCGUAUAUGAAGAAGAAGAAGAAGAAGAAGACGACGAGAGGUUCAGAUUCUUGGAUUAUGUCCCUAGAAAGAUUAGGUCUUCGCUAAGAUACUCCCAACAACAACGAAACUAUGAGAAUCUUAAUGGGGCUUCUACUUCUUCUUCUUCAUCAUCGCUCCGCCACCUUCGUUGUUCUGAGACUCGUACUUGUCUCCAUUACAACACGCCUGAUAUUGAAAGCCCUCAAAACCCUAAUUCCCAGUCUUCUUCAAGCCAAACAGAGAGCACAAGCCGAAAGAGGCUUGCCUUGGUGCUGCAACCAAGGAAUAGUAGUGGUAAAUUCAAGAAAGCAAAGGUUGUUGCUUCUUUGCCACGGAUAGCUAGAGGGCCACCGGAGUGGCUUGGCGAGGUGAUGAGAGAGAUGGGCGUAACCGAAGACCCGAUGCUGAUCUUUGACUUUGAGAAACCACUAUCCGCGAGUGAUGUCAACUCAGAACUGAGCCGUUUCUUGCUCCCUUUCAGUAUGCUAACCAGAAACGACUUCUUGACGCCUGCUGAGUCUGCAGCCAUACUGAGAGAAGACAUCGACGAAGGGAACAUUGGUGUUGGAACGCUUCUGGUGAAUAAAAACUCUGAGAUGUGGGGUUUGCGUUUAAAGUUAUGGGCGAUGGAGAAGAAGGAAUCUGGAAACGGGACUUUGAACUACGCAUUGAACUGGGGGUGGAACGACGUCGUCAAGGGUAACAAAUUGAAAGCUGGCCAUGAGAUCAGUCUUUGGAGUUUCAGAUUCCGUGGAGUCCUAUGCUUUGCCCUUGAACACAGAAUUCCCAGCUUGUCCAAAAGAUUGAUGUAA